AUGCAGCUGCAUGCUUAUAUAUGCAAGGUCCCAGCCAGCCUUACUAAUGGGCGUGUCAUCGGUCUUGAUCUCAGCACCGAAUCUAUCUCAAGUGGCGUUGACAAUUCCAGCAGUCUCUUCGAUCUUCAAGAUCUUCAAAGCCUUAAUUUGGCCUACAAUUAUGACUUCAGUGGCUCUCAGAUCCCAACUGCCAUUGGAAAGCUCACAAACUUGAGGUAUCUAAACUUAUCUCACAAUUCUUACUUCGGGCAAAUUCCCAUUGAGAUUUCAUACUUGACAAGGUUGGUUAUCUUUGAUAUUUCUGGCAAUUUCUUCUCAACCGAUCAGUUAAAACUUGAGAACCCAAAUUUAACCAAGCUAGUUCAGAACCUCACAGAGCUAACAGAGUUGUAUCUUGAUGAUGUCAAUAUAUCAGCACAGGGCAGUGACUGGUCCCAAGCAAUAUCUUUACUGCCAAACAUGAGGGUGCUGAGCUUGUAUGCUUGUGAUCUUUCAGGCCCUAUUCAUGACUCAUUUGCUAAGCUUCAUUCUCUAUCUGUGAUUAUAUUGGAUCAUAACCAAAUCUCUGCUCCAGUUCCAGGAUUCUUUGCCAAUUUUUCAAACUUGACUUACUUAAGUCUUGUUGAUUGUGGGUUGCAAGGAACAUUUCCCAAAGAGAUAUUCCAGUUAUCUACAUUACAGAGUAUUGACCUGACAUUAAAUCCACAGCUUCAAGGUUCCUUGCCAGAGUUACCCGAAAAUGGAUCUCUUCAGUCAUUGGUUCUAAGCCAGACAAAUUUUUGA